AUGAAUGGUGUAUACUUCAACAGCACCAACCCACCGCCACCGGGGCUAGCCUACGGGCCAAGUGCAGCAUGCACGUUGGAGACAUGCAGUUUGGUAUGGUCCGUCCUGGGAUACCGACCGUCUCUCCCAGCCAAUGCAUUGUUCAUGACCCUAUUCACCGUCGCAUUGCUGGUCCACGCCUACCAAGGCUGGCGAUACAAGACGUGGUUCUUCGCCGAGGCCGUCAUAUCCGGCUGCAUCUGCGAGAUCAUCGGCUACGGCGGGAGGCUGAUCCUGUACCACAGUCCAUUCAACUUCAAAGGCUUCAUCGUGCAGAUUGUGACAAUCACACUCGGCCCAGCAUUCAUCAGCGGCGCGAUCUACGUGCUCCUCAGCCAGGUCAUCCAGCACCUGUCCACGACAUGCUCACGCUUCUCACCGCGCGUCUUCUACCUCCUCUUCAUCCCCUGCGACCUGGUCUCGCUGAUCCUGCAAGCCGCAGGGGGCGCCGUGUCGAGCGUAUCCGUCGGGCAAAACCCCGUCGGCAUCGCAUGCACGCUCGCCGGCCUGGCCUUCCAGGUCUUCACACUGACGCUAUUCAUCGCCCUGUCGCUCGACUAUGCACUACGGUACGCGCGAUUUCGCAAUACGACCAUCGUCAAGCCCUCAACGAAGCAGCAGGAGGAAAGUCUCGAAAGCAACAGUGAACACUCCAAUGCCGGAACGGCAACGAGAGAGAUGGACACAGACCCCCUCACCCGGCGAUUCAAAGUCUUCGUCCUCCUCCUCGCACUCGCCGUGCUCUGUAUCCUCGUGCGGUGCUGUUACCGCAUCGCCGAGCUGAAGGACGGAUACCAGGGGUUGUUAUUCCACGAUGAAGCGACGUUCAUCGGGCUCGAGAGCUUGUAUGUAUUGGCAUCCCCGCUCUAG